AUGUUAAAUCCGAGUCUAACGCCUGUCAAAGAAAACUGCCCUCAGUUGCUGCUCAACAAAGUUCAUUCGAAACGUGCUCAAUGGUACAGUCCAUGCAAGAAUUUUCCUAAGUUACCUCUUUCUCCCGAACCGGAUCCACCUACUCUGAAAUUGACUCAUUUUGCCGCGGUUCCUAAGAUAUCCUUUGGAACUGUGAAAGUCGGAGGCAGCAAAACAGAGCCGUUCGUGGUACAAAAUCCACAUCCAUUGAGCCAAACUUUGGUCAUAGAGAAAUUUCCAAAGGACAGAGGUUUUACUCUAGAUCUGAAUGGAAAUGGCAUGGCAGAGGACUCUCAGGGAAACUGUAUAUCGAUCCCAGCAAAUGAAGAAAUAUUUCUGUCGAUAAAAUGGGAACCAAGGGAGAGUGGAAGCUGCCGCGAGGUAAUUCUAUUCAAGUGGGACAAUUCUCCCCGACUGCAAGUUGUAGUGUUUGGGACGGCUUUGGGUCCAAAGAAGAUGAAAUCAGCUACUAAAAAGAUCGUCAAGAAAUCCGGACCAACAAAGAUCAGCGAAAGACCUCAAGGGAGCAAGGUAAUUGGAAACAAAUAGAUCGGGAUUAUUUCAUAACUGAUUGGAAAUGAUAGAGCAGAAACUAAAGAAAGUGCUGAGAACUGGUUACCUUCGGUACACAUUUACUAUUUUACAGGAAGACUGAGAAAGUUAGGCCUGAUAUCAUAUUCAAAUGCGACAGGCAUUUCAGAUAGAACUAGGAUCUGCAUCAUUGAUGGUGCCCUCUGAGGAUAUAUAGAAAACUUAAGCACUAUGAUCAUUUUGAGUCAUGCUCCACAACAUACCCAUACAUUGAUGUGUGUGAGUGCAGAGACUAGAUUUUGACCGUAGAUCUCAUUUUAACCAAGUUUUCAAAACUUAGUAACUAAAGUAAUAACUGAAUAUGAAAGCGAUCUUCCCAGUAAUUAACAUUACUUAAACAGUAGUGAACAUAAGGCCUGAGAAACAUUAAGGCCUGUACAGGAUUUGAUCCCUUGAUAUUUGCAAUACUGGUGCAGUACUCUACCAAAUGAGCUAACAAGUCAACUACCAGAUGGUCAUUAUGUUGACAGUUUGUAAUAAACCUGUGAAGUGAUGAAGUCAUUCACAGUAAAGUAAUUACAAACAGAAGCCAAUCAGAACAAAGAACAAUGCAACAAGAACUCAAUGAGAGCUCAAAGUGAAAACAAGUAUACUUCCUGAUAUGUGAUAAGAAGUGAGAAACCAAGCAAUUGGUUUUAGUUUUGCAUCUGAUUGGUCAAUUGGGUGUUGCAUCUGAUUGGUCAAUUGGGUGUUGCAUCUGAUUGGUCAAUUGGGUGUUGCAUCUGAUUAGUCAAUUGGGUGUUGCAUCUGAAUAGUCAAUUGGGUGGCACUGUAGAGUUCUUGAUCAAUCACAGAGUAAAGCAAAAAUAAUAUCAAUCAAUUGAAAGUUGCUGAAAUUCAAUCUGUAUUCAGGUUGUUUGAGACUAUUGGCUUGUUGACUCCCUUUACCCCUAACUACAAGAAAGAGCCUAGCGCAGGCUAACCUUGUAUGUAAUUGUAAUCAAUCAAGGAUCAAUUAAAUUUUUCAUGAAACAACUUUGUAUUUUUUAUCUCUUAUGAUUUCAGAAAGUUGCAAGAGCCAUCCUUCAACCAAGCCAAAUUCCAAAUACUGUUGAUUCAAAGGAAAAAAGCACAAAAGUCACUCACAAGCUUGACGGUGAAAAAAUUGGUUGUGCAAAUGCACCUGUGGAAAAUUCACUAGAAGAGAACUUGCGACGUGAUACAUACCUUGUCACAAAUAAUGGAAGAUAUAAACCAGUUUGUAAGACGUCUCCAAAUACUUGUACUCCUAAACUUACAAAGCCUGCAACAAAGCCAGUUAAUGGAAAAAAGAAAAGAGUAGUAGUAGCAAAGAAGAUUUCUCCUGUCUCUGGUAACUUUGGUUGAUUUUUGUAUUACAUCUUAUGUAAAGUCACCCAUAUUAUAAUUUGUUUCCUUUUUUCAUUUUUUUUAUGGAGAGAGGGUGGAGAAUCAAGCAUAUGAUUUCUUUUAUAAAUUAUGUGGAUUUAUCAGAUCAAUAGAGAAAUUGAGUUGUUUAUUAUUAUCAGCAUGCAUAGGUUUUUCAACGCUUUGGUUAUCUUUGAAUUGACCUGGUAAUGGAAGUUAUCAUUUGUAUGUUUAUUACAUUUCAACCCAAUUUUUUUACAGGUGCACUGACAAAGAAGUCAAAACAUAAAGUGAAAUUGAAAGUUGCAGCCAAGGGAGUUGCUCAAAGAAAACUGCAGCUAGUUGAAACCCCCAACAAUAAGCUUCCACGGCACCCAAUGCCGUUUGCAGCAAAGAACAUGUAUUACGAUGAGAGGUGGAUUGAGAAGCAAGAGGAAGGUAUAACAUAUGGAACACCAGUAUUACUACACCUAAAUGUUUACACUCCAUACCCCAAACCUCCUGCAAAUCAAACCCUUUCAAUGUUAUACCCAGAUGUUACACAUAAUAUGAUCAGUUGGUUUAGGUCAUGGUUCUUUUGUUUCAAUUUCCUGAAGGCUACCACUUCUACUCCACUGAGUAUUCUUACGAUUUAAGGAAGUAGACAAAGACUUAAAGAAUUUAUAACUUUGGUUGUGAAUUGGGAUUUUGAAGUUGCAAUGUUUGGUACCCAAUUUUUACAACAAAUGGAAAGUGUACCUGCACAAUUAUUUUCAAAAAAUUUUGUUUGAGAAGAAAUGUAUGUUGCAUACUAUCUAAAAUUAGAUAAUGGCUAAUUUUCUCAUCAAUCUUCAAUAUGAUUAUCAUAAUAUUAUAUGUAAAACAUCCAUAAGGUCAUUGAAAUUUCUAAAAAAAAAAUUCCCAAGUGUUAAGCUUCUGCUUAAAUCUACCAGAGGAAAUGUGCAGUUGGGUUUGGUAUGAGAGAGUUUUAGCCUGACAUUAUUUUGUUGUUUUCCAGGUUUCACUAAAUGGCUCAACUUUGUACUGACACCACCUGAUGUAACAGACUCUGCUGUACAAGCUGAUGCCAGUAGAGGUAGCUUUGCAGUGUACUCAAGCUUACUGUAUAGUACUGAACCAGAAAAUUACAAGCCAGGAAUAGGUCUUUUUGAAAGCCUUUCUGAAUAUGUGUUUACUUUAUAAAGAGGAUACUGUUUAUAAAUUGAAUGAUCUUGUGUUGGCACUCCUAGUCCAUAACUGAAUUUAUAAUGAUUAACUAAUUAUUAUUUGCUUAUUGAUUGAUCUCUUUGACUGGUUUGGACUAAUUGAAUGUGUCCCAGUAGCUAGAGGAACACCUUAAGAAAAUGGGCACGAUUUUUUUUUUAUUUAUAUAUUUCAUUAUUAUUAUUUUUUUAGUUCAUAUGGUAGGAAAUAUGGUCCUUGGAGGUACUCAAGACACAAAGAAGUCUCAACCUUUGGCCCCAACUAAAGAGGCCCUCUCCUUACGUGCCUACACUGCUAAGCGUAAGAUGGCCCAUUUGAGAAGGUGUGCCUGUUUGUUGUACCAAUCAGAACCCUUGGGGUACAUAAUCAGAAAGAUUGAAGCUGAAGUGGAAAAUGGACGACUUGCCAUCAGACCAGAAAAAAAGUUACAUGCAGAUUUAGGUUGGUUUAUACAAAUUAAGUAAAAAUGGUAAAUCAAGAAUUGUCAUAUAGACACAUGUAAACCAGACAUACUUUAUAGGUCGAACUGUCAAACUUUGACAACAGUGAGCCUAUGAAAUAUUUAUAAGUUUAUUUUUGUUAUGAUCUGUUUCAUUUAUUAUGAAAACAUGCAAAGGAACCACAAAUUCACAAACUAGUAACUGUCAUUGCAACUCCCAGUAUAACUUUCUCUCAUCUGAUUGGUUUUUGAUCAACAGAAUAGCCUAUUAGAAUAUGCCAUAUGUAUUUUAAUGAACCUUUUGUGUUUGACAAUAAUCCAUUUUCAUAUUUUUGUUUCCAAAUAAUGAAUACAUUUGUAAAGAAGUCUUGCUGAAUUUAUUAGUGUUGCAACCCUAUUUCCCUUAAUGCUGGAAAAAUUUCUUUGGAAAAAUGCAGGUUUGGGAUGAUUAGUGAGAGGGUUCAAAUUUGUACCCUCUGAAAGCUUUUCAGUACCCACCCUUGCUCCAAUUGAAGGAACUUUGAAGACAUCACUUUAUCUUAUGCAUUUUUAGGAAUCAAGAAGCAAGUUGCUGACAUGAUCCUGUCCUACAACUCCUUAUGGCUACGGAUUGGACUUGAGGUAUAAUGACCUCUCCAACUAAUUAACUGUGCUGUGUGACUGAUCUUGAAAACUGGCUUCACCUUCUUUGCCAACCUGAUGCAGAGAAGUAGAACAGUCCACCACAAAGCUUGGUUUUUAUGGUGUUUUCAAAUUGUAGUCUGCAAUCUGUUUGUCAAAAUGCCUUUCAGAUGUUUGAUUAUUGAUCACCAUGCAGAAAUUUUCACAACUGAAAACAUAAAAGGUGAAGAUUGUGUGCUGUUGAGAUCUGCUAACUUUCCUCUUCCAAGACAAAGUUCUUUUUCUCUCUUCUUUAGCCUUUUCAGGAUUUCAAGUGUUUAAAUCCUCGUUCUUUUUCUCAUGUGUUUCAGACCAUAUUCGGUGAAAUUCUCCCUAUCCACUCAAAUGAUGACGUAAGUGGGCUGAGGCGUUUUAUCACAGACAGAUUACUUGGUAACCCGGAUAUUGCCAGUGCAUUUGCACAUCCACAGGUGCCAGGGUUGUAUCGUGAAGGUAAAUCCAAAAGGCUAAAAAAAAUUAAAAUCAACCUUUUUUCUGUUUUAAUCUGUGCUUACAAAGGUGUUGAAAAACUUACAAGAAAUAAGAAUUCCACGAUGUCAUUUUCCAGGCCUGGAAAGUCAUGAAAUUUGAUUGCAGGUCGAAGGAAGUUAUGAAAGAUAAUUUAAAAUACUAUUUUGAGUACAGCAUCAUUAUUUGAUCGCAUUCUUAUCUUCUUGGAAACUACUUUUCGGUAGAGGGUCAUGGAAAAUCUCUGACAGGUCCAUGUAAAGGUCAUGGAAAGUCAUUGAAUUUUAUGAUUUUGAAAAAAGUACGAACCCUGUUGUGCCUUCGUGACAAGCUUUAGUUCUUCAUUUUCUAAACCGUCAAGUUGAUAGCGGAGCUCGCAGCGCGCGCAGCGAAACUCCAUAGCUAGGAACAUUCGGCGACCUGAGAAACGAAAAUAAAUUUUCAAUUUUAACAGGAGUGCGGCCGUCCGACGACUAUGCGUCCACGAAAUAGGCUUUUUUUAGCGCACGUGACCAGCUACAUUGUGGAAACAUCCACAAAGCGUUACUCUUUUCAAUAGACGACGUCGGUAAGAGCCCCUUGCAUUCUGUUUUUGCUACCCCUACAGGUUACGUAGAGCAGCUGGGAAAGUUUACUUUGAAGAAGUUUCUCCUUUUGGUGUUGUUCUUGGAUCGUGCGAAAUUGACACGGCUGAUUGAUCAUGACCCGUGUCUCUUUAACAAGGACGCCUCAUUCAAGGUUUGUGCCCGCACAUAUACGAAGUAGGCUGUUUAUUUACCACAGGUUUCGCGUUACAAACAGCUCGUGCAAAGGAAGGAAAAUCAAGUUUUGUGCGAUCAUCAGUCAUGAAUUUGCAUGCCAUUAUCUCAAACUUUACCGAGUGUUAUUGUACUGACUUGAAUUUACAAAGAGUCCUAUCAAUUAUUUCUGUUUGUUUUUUUGUUUUUUUUAGUCAAACCGCAGUCUUCUACUAACGUUCUCCCGCGAGUAUCUUAAGGGAGAGGGUGACGUGACGAAGCACCUGAACUUCUUGGGUUAUUCGGUCACUCAUUCUCAGGUAACAAUAUCCUCGUGAAAAAUUAUAAAUCGACUUCAGAUAUUUUAAACUGGGCAUUUGAAUAAAAAGUUCAUUAAGAUUUCAAUUUUAAAAUGUUUUGCCCUCCAGAGACCGAUCGACGAAGUGGAUUACGCUGUGAAGAACAUUGCCACAGAUCUGAGAGACGGUCUGCGUCUAACGUGAGUAGUUUCGGUAUUACCAAACUAGGUACCUAUGCUGCAAUAUCAAGUUUUGAAUUCUCUACAACACAAAUCACCGUUUAGGUGAAAAGAAAUACCCAGAGAUGAACUGUUGUUUUCUUUUUCAUGCUGCAGGCGAGUGGUGGAGCUCUUAACCCAUGAUUGGCAGCUGUCAGCAAGUCUCCGUGUUCCGGCUAUUUCCAGAUUACAGGUGAAUUAGCAAUAGUUAGUAAUAACAGAACUAUUUUCGAUUAAGUUUGGAAAGUCAUACGGGAUUGCUUCAGUUUUACUUUGGUUCGCUCUGUGAUUAGUUCAUAAAACUCGCGCUUCUUUCUCAAUCAGUCAGAUUAAAAACUAGAAGGAACCCAUCAAAACUUAGUUAAUCGAGUUUUUCCUCGAGCGGUUUGCUUAUUUUUUUACUUAAACUACUUAUUGAUUCCUCUAUAAAGUCAGGCAAAAAUCUUCAUUUGUAAGCGCCACAUAACUCUUGGUCAGUGUUUGAGUAUUUUUCAUCCUUUUUGUUUUCAGAAAAUCCACAAUGUAGACCUUUUUAUGAACGCAUUGAAACAAAGAGGCAUUCUUGUCGGAGGAAUUCACGGUAAAACUGUUUGUUCGUGUGUGAAAUAACGCAUAAAAAAGCACGAUGCAGUCAGUAGCCUAGAUUUCACUUUCUUUUUAUCUCCAUCAGAUCGCUUGUUUUGCGGACAAUGGAAUAGUAUUAAGUAUUAGUAUUAAGUUUUAAAUUAAGGAUCUGCGCGUUUGCCUCCCGCCUUCUCAUCGUACUUGCGCCGCUUCAACUUCUAGCCAGCCUAUUUAUCCGUUUGUCUUUUUGUUGUGCUCCUGACUCGCUUUCUCUAUCAUGGUGAAGGAGAGAGACACAUUCUGCUAGAAUCACAAAACUGCUUCUCCUGCAGGUUAAAUUUUAAUGUUACUUUUUUCAGGGGGUGCUACUGAUGCGCGCCAUAUCGUGGAUGGACACCGAGAGAAAACGCUUACUUUGCUGUGGCAGAUGAUUUUUCACUUUCAGGUAAGUUUUAGUCGAAAAAACGUCAGGUUCUUAUCUUGUGCCGUAUGUUACUUCAAAUGAUCCCAUUUUUUAUACCAUCGAGUGACUGCCACCGCAGUAAAAUCCCCGCCCCUCACCCUAGGAACUCGUCAAGUUCCCCUGACGUUUCCUUAAUGACUGUUGAUACUCCUGUGUGGGGUGGGCACUGUGAGAGCAAAGGAUCUUGUCCAGGAGGGUCUCGCCUAGUUCAAUGCACAUUUCAUCGCUGACUUGCACUUUAAUGUAUUUUUUUAUAUGAUAUUAUAACGAGUUUCUUCAUUUGUUUUUCUUCAACUUCACCCUGUAAUUUCUCUGAAAACCUUUUAACAGGUAAAUGUUCUUCUGAGCGAAAAACUUCUUCAGGAGGAAAUAGCCCAUUUAGAGAGUACCAGGCUUCUCCGCGAUCAGUUAACUGCUGCGGAGAACUGGAUUGAGGGAGACGAAGCAGAUUUUGUAGGAAAACGCCGGGAUUCUUCAGACCUGUAUUUCCAGUCAGACCGGCUGCGCUUGCUCUUUAAAUGGUGUAAGAUGGUUUGCAGAUUGUACGGCUUGAAGGUAAUAAUGUAACUUACAUUUUACUAUGCUUUAGUUGAAAGCGUAUAUUGCAUAGAAAGGUUUUCAGCUUUGUCGUCAAAGUUAACAAAAAUCAAUAAAGAAUGCAAACGAGUUUCAUGGUCACUAUUAAGUGAUUUUGUUUUUCAUUUUUUUAGAUUGAGAACUUCACUGUUUCAUUCUCGGAUGGUCGUGCUCUGUGUUUCUUACUCCAUCAUUAUCACCCCUCGCUACUCCCCCGGUCACAUAUCAAAGAACAAACUAGCUUGACCUGUAAUCCGGGGGUACAUGAUACAAGUGACAGUGAGGCUGAGGAAGGAAUGGUAGUGAACUCGUGGACUGCAAUAUUCAGCCCCGGUAAGUUUGAGAAUUUCUUCUUGACUUCAGUUCCAUAUUUUAACUACAUGCUAGACAAUUUAGUUUGGCUUGCCUUUGAGAAAGUAGUAAAUUUUAUCUCACUGAGGUGAUCAUAAAGUUAUCAAAAGUCUCCAUUCCCUUUUAUUCUUUCAGGUUGCGGAACAAAUACGUUUUUAGAGGAACUGAAGAGUAAUGAGCGCGAAAAUUUUCGUACAAUGGCGGAGAAGGUGAGUACAAGUUUCCAAAUUCCACAAAUCUCAUUUUGUAGUUUACUAUCUUUUUCCAAGUCUGAAAGAUGUUUUCGGUCUAUAAAAAUUUCAUAUUUCGGAAGAAAAUAAUUUUCGUCUGCUUCAAGUAAAAGACGAUUUAAAGAACUUUCCGAUUACUACCCCAAGGUUUGAACUGAUCAUGGAAUCCUCCGAUCUUCCUUUUUCCGGGAAGUCAGGGAUUCAAGUGUGAAUCAUGAAAGUGACUAGAAAAUAUAUUUUUGUUAACAAGAAAGGAAAAUUCCUUCCCUAUAUUAACGUCUAAAACAGUAUAUUGAUACCAACUUUUAUCGUAGCUCAUUGAAAACAUCAAGAAGGUCUUUUGAUAAAUUCACGUUGUCAUGGUAUUUUAAUAUUUAAAGAAAAAAGUACGAGCUCUGUAGUUUGGAUACUCUACCAGCACCUAGCUAUAGUUUAUAGGAGACUUGUGCUCGUGAGAAUAUUGGAUUAGCUUCAUGUUACAAAUGUUUGUUCGUUUGUUUACUUCAGGUACGAGAACUAGGUGGAGUUCCUUUGAUGACUAAGGCCACUGACAUGUCUUACACAAUUCCCGAUGAGAAGGUGAGGAAAUGCAGUUAUUCUUCUUUUUGUAAAGGCUCGGGACUUCCAAAAAUUCCUUUUUCAACCUAAUGAACUUACUUUUUUAUUUCCCAGGUUGUCAUAACUUAUGUCGCCUAUCUGUGUGCGCGGUUGCUGGAUCUUCGAGAGGAGACGAGAGCUGCACGCUGCAUUCAGGUGGCCUGGAGACGAUUUCGUCUUAAAAGGCGAUUAGAGCUGAAAAAGGUUGGCUGGUGUUACGUGAACUUUAAAAGGUUUAUCCCAUAUUCGUGAUCGUCAGCUUUAUUUGCUAGAUCCUUCCUUUGCGUGCUUUUUAUUAUCUAUUUCUCAUAUCAUGUUUCUGUUUGCUUUUGUUUUUCCAGAAUGUUGUGAAGAUAGUUGUUUUUAUACAGGUAUGAAAUACUUCAGUAUACAACUUAAGUUGACUAGAAUACAUCUCUUUCGUAUUGUGUUCUCUGUUUGUGAUAACUUUUCGACUAAGCACAAGUUUUACUGGAGAUGCUCAGCUGAGAUAACACUGUCUUCUCUCACAGGCAUGCGCUAGAGCCGCAAUGACACGACGCAGAUUUCAAGCCAUGAGGCAGUCCACUGUUCUCAUUCAGUCUAUAUACCGUGGUCACCUGGUUCGUCGACAACUUCGUGCUCGUCACCAGGCUGCGAACUGCAUUCAGACCCGCUACCUGGCCUUCAAAAAAGGUCGAGAGGUCCUGGAAUGUUACAGAAACCUUCGAAAAAUUGUUGUGCAGCUGCAGCGUACUGUAUUGGCCAAUCAGAGGAAACGAAAGGAAAGGAGAGAUCGAGCUGCGAAAAUAGCACAGUCUGCUUGGAAAGGAUUCAUGGAAAGGAGGAAGUUUGCUGAGAAAAGAGAGGCUUGUAUUCGUAUUCAAGCAUUUAUCAGAGGAGUUAUUCUGCGUGGGCGGUUUUUGCUCCUUCGAAACUCGACUGUGCUAAUUCAGAGAAUCUUCAGGGCAUUGAUGAUCGAGAGAAAAGAGAGAGAACACUUUCUUCGUCUGAGGAAGUGCGUGAUCGUGCUACAGUCGUUAUACAGAGGCAAACGCGAUCGAAAACGCGUGAAGCAGAUUCGCGCGGUUAUCAUGAUUCAAAGCCACGUGCGAGCGUGGGAAACCCGCUCAAGAUUCCUGUUACUGAAACAUGCAGCUACCAAGAUACAGGCUAACGCCAGAAUGUAUCAAACGCGAAAGAAGUUUGCGCUUAUGAAGAGUGCGACAAGAACUUUGCAAGUUCACUUCAGAGCCACUCUCCUUGGACGAGAAGAAAAGAUCAAGUACAUGAAUCAAAAGUCUGCUUGCAUUAAGAUCCAGUCAUUCUUCAGAUGUGAUCUGCAAAGGAAGGCGUUUUUAAAGAAGAGAAAAGCCGCCGUAACGAUUCAGUCCAUUGUCAGGAUGUACCUCGCAAGGUCAAGUUACCGAAACUUGCUUUCGUCAACUGCGAAGAUCCAGAGAAGACUUCGAGAAUUUCUCUACACGAAGAGUAUACAGCAGAAAUAUGUGCACAUGAAGCUAUCUGCAUUAAAGAUCCAGUCAUGCUAUAGAGGUUAUCGGUGCAGGAAGCAGUUUACUCGGGUCAGAUUGGCCACUGUUACCCUUCAAUUACUCACGCGUCGUUUUCUAAGUAGAAAGAAGUUCUUGGCGUUAGCACAUGCUGCUGUCGUGAUUCAGACGCGCUACCGCGCUCUACAGCAGGGACGCCACCAGAGAGUAGAAUAUCACCGCAUCCUUGAUACUGUUGUUCACCUUCAGGCUCUAGUCCGAGGUAACAUUGGCCGUAAACGUCUCGUGGCCCAACAUAGAUCAGCUACUCUGAUUCAGACUGUCUACAGAGGGUACGUUUGUCGCACAAAGUAUCAAUCAUCAAGACAAGCUGCUAUAAACAUACAGCGGCGUUACCGUUCAUUUAUCCUUGGCCGCCAUGUUCGUUCCAAUUUCCAACGUCUUCAACACGCAUCAGUGCAAAUACAAUCUUACUUCCGUGGAUUCCAAGCAAGGAAACAGGUCAAUCUUCUGCGAAGUGCUAUGAAAAUCCAAGCAGCUUAUCGCGGAUACCGAGCUAGAAAGUCAUACAACAAUUCUCGUAACCGUAUCAUUCAUGCUCAAGCAUUAACUCGUGGUUAUUUAACGAGGAAAUAUUAUUACGAGCUCAAGAAAGCCACUGUAAAGCUACAGAGUCGGUACCGUGCCCGCGUGAUUGGCAUGCGUCAGUAUGUAAAUUAUCACGUACAACGCGGUGCCUGCAUCUUGAUACAAGCAGCUGUGCGUGGUUACCAUUGUCGUAAGAGAUAUCUGGUAGUGAGAAACGCCGCAAUAGUCAUUCAACAAAAGUACAAAGCUACGGUAAAGUGUAGGAGCCAACGGGAACGUUACCUUGCUAGUAGACGUGCUGCAAUUCAUCUUCAGGCUUGUGUGCGUGGAUGGCUUGACAGAAAACUGGCGCGAAGACUUCGUGCGGCAAGACUGAUCCAAGCGACAUAUAAGAUGUACAAAGCAAGGGAACAGUUUAUCACAUUCAGAAGUGCUGUACUGAGAUUACAAGCUCAAACACGCAUGAUAAAACAGCGGCAGAGAUUUAUUAGCUUGAAAAACGCAACCGUAGUCAUUCAAAGGAAGUUUAGGGCGGCAGUUCUCUGCAAGCACGAUCAACUUGUAUUUCACUUCAUCCGAGGCGCAGUCAUUACGUUACAGAUGGCUGUAAGAGGAUACCUGGUGCGAACGAGACUUCGUAAAAUGAAUGGUGCCGCUGUUAAAAUCCAGGCUUGUUUUCGCGGGUUUCGGACGUGGAGACGAUAUGAAGCUACCAAGAGAGCUGUGUUGAUUUUACAGCUUCGUUACCGCGCCUGGCUUCUCGGUCGAGCAGUAGCUCGGAAUUUCAAUGCGUUAAAGUCAUCUUCCCUCAUAAUCCAAUCAAGUUAUCGCCGCUACAAGGUGCGACUUAAUUUGAAACGUAAGCAGGCAGCGGUCAAGAUCCAAAGCGCCUAUCGCUGUCAUGUGUGUGCCUCCAAAUAUCUCCUCCAGAAGUCUUCUGCGGUUGUUAUCCAAGCAGAAGUAAGACGCUACAUAGCACGGCGAUCCUAUCAGAACCUUCGUCGUGCUGCAUCUGUGAUUCAGCGCCGAUUCCGAGCUCAGAGGGAGAUGCAGGUGGUCAGACGGUGUUUCACUCUCCAGCGGAAGGCAUGCGUUGUGUUGCAGACUGAGAUUAGAGCAUGGCAUUGCAGACGACACUAUAGCGCGAUUAAAUCGGCAGCCAUCACUAUCCAGCAACACUUCCGAGCUUGCGUUAAGUCUCAUACACAAAGAGAAGGUUUCUUGCAAUUGCGGAGUGCCACUGUUGUGUUUCAGUCUUAUUGGAGAAUGUCGUCGUCUAGAAGAAAAUACAAGAGAGCUCAGGAUGCUGCCAUUAAGAUACAAGCCUUUGCGCGCAUGACAAAAGAAGUUCGGGCUUAUCAAAAGCUCAAGAAUGCGACCAUGGCAUUGCAGAAGAUUUACAGAGCUAAUCACCUUUGCAAAAGGCAGCGUAAAAGUUACGAAAUGAUGCGUCGAGGUGCUAUCAUACUACAAUCGCAUCUUCGUGGUUUCAUAGCGAGACAGCGUGUUGCUGAAAUGCUGAUGGAGAAACAGAGACGGGGAGCAGCUGCCCUGAAGAUUCAGCGUUACUACCGUGGAUAUCGCCUGAUGAAGGAAACUCACUUUACAUAUCACGUGACCCGUGGUGCAAUCAUCACUUUGCAGUCUGCUUUCCGCAUGGUUCGUGCGCAGAAGUUUGCACGCAGGCUCAGAGCUGUUAUUAAGAUACAAGCGGCAUAUCGUACAGCAGUCACACGUAGAAAUUUCCUGGCCGUGCGAGAAUCUGUCUGCAGAAUACAGGCAACGGUUCGUCGCAAUCAAACCCGACAUCAAUUUGUAGCGACAAGGGAAGCAAUCGUUGCAAUUCAACAAUGGUACAGAGCACAAGUGGCAAUGAGGGAGAUCUAUGCAGAGUAUCAGUGCCUCAGACGCGCCACAGUCCUCAUUCAGUCGUAUUACAAAGGUUAUUGUCAGCGGAAGUCUUAUCUUUGUGACAGACAAAAGGUAGUGCUGGUUCAGUCUUCCGUGCGCAUGCAUCUACAACGGACGAAGUUCCUUCAAAAACGCUCGGCAGUCAUCGUCAUUCAAUGUCGGUAUCGAUCGUUCAUCAUCGGCCAAGAUGUCCGUCAGAGAUUCCGUCAGAUGAAAUGGGCAGCUACUAGAAUCCAGGUAGUUGAAACAGUCCAUUUUUCACGGAUGUUUUUAUUGUACUUUGAUCAAUGUCAGUAUCUAAGGAACUGCACACCUACCCCUCCCGCAACCCAACAUUAACCCUAACUUGUUUUCAGUUGACUGUUGUUGACUCAGGGGAGGGGUAGGUGCGCACUUUCUCAGAUACUAACAUUGUUCUUAGGCCCUUUUAUGAAGCAUGCUCUAUCUUUCGGAUUACAAGAACUUGUUUUAAUGUUCUAUAUGUAACUGGUCAGUCAAUGUAAGAUUACAAAAGUCCAUUUUACGUUUUCAAGAAAGAUCACAUGUAAGUCAUAAGUAGUGCUUUCUUUCCUUUCAUUUAUACGCAGAGCUUUUACCGAGGUUGCCAAGCGAGAGAUGAAGUGAAGAAACUGAGAUCAGCCAUACUUAUUCAGUCUCAUGCACGUGGAAUGAUUCAGAGGCAGAAAUACUACCAUGCCAAACAAAUACUGAUCAGAAUGCAAGCCUCAGUAAAGGCCUGGCACUAUCGGAAGAGUUACUUAGAACUCAAAGCCGCGACAGUUUUCCUGCAAAGAAAAGUGCGAGCUAAUAUUGCCUCAAGAAGGGCGAGCGCAGAAUUUCAAGAGGUCAAACGCGCAGUAGUUACGCUUCAAUCUUUUUACCGUGGCUGGAAGGCUCGCUUCUUUGUCCGUCAACUGAAGGCUGUGAUUCAGAUUCAGAAAUGGUUCCGAGGUACAAUGGCUGGAAGAACAGCUCGUGAAGAUUAUCGAAGACUCAAGGAUGCUACUCUCAUACUGCAGGCCGCUUUCCGUGGAUACCGCGGGCGGAUGGUCGCUCGUAAAAUGUUCGCUGCUCGUGUUAUUCAGGCAGCUUUCAGAGGAUUUAUAACAAGAAGGAAGAUAAAAGUAAGAGUUUUCUUUUAGAUAUGUUUUCAUGUGUUUUAUAUCUGAGAUAAUGAAGAAGUUUACCUUUCGAUUAUCAGUGAACUUCAAUCGCUUGACUGACAAACAACUCCUGAAUUGACACAAUAUCUUUUAGGACUACACUCACACGUAUACGAGCAACUGUUGCACCAGGAUUCAAAUCAUUUACUGCAUUUCGCAUAACUCAAUCAAAGUCUACGAACGUUAAACUGAGUUUGAGUUGUCAAUAAUUGCUAAUUUGUUUUGCAAUACUUCUCUUUUCCAGCGUCAGAAGGCGCAGCGUUUGGUACAGUUGAAAACGUUUGCGGCAGCUGCAUAUCAUCAUCUGAAAGCCAUCAGAAUCCAGCGUUGUUAUCGGCGGGCACGGGCAAUAGUGGUGGCAAAAGCGCGGAUGGACGCAGUUCUUCUAAUCCAGGUAUGAUAAUUCGAGGAUAUAUCUUGCUUGGCGCAAAAUUACAAAAUUUGUUUCUGGACUUGUCUUGCUAUCUGCCUUAGCUUGUUGUUAAGGCUAUCAAUAUCUGUUCUUUAUAAAAGAGAGAGAGGUUCAAGUUCUCUAGUUACUCUUGAAGUCAGUAAUCAUCCAGGCUGCAAUUUUAUAGGGCUCUUCUACCUAAACAGGAACUAAGUAAAGAAAGUUGCUUUCUUUUCUUCCCUCAGUAUUGGUGGCGCGGUGUGCUUCAACAUCGGAGGUUUACCACUCUUCGCUCAGCCGCUGUUUUUGUACAGAGAGCAGCACGGAAGAAACUGGUGACGAAAAACAAAAACGCAGCGAAGAUCCAGUCCCUUAUCCGUGGAGUCCUGGCAAGGAAUCAUUUGCGAAAACGUCGGGCAUGCGCACUGAGAAUACAAGUUAGAAAAAUACUACUUGUGUUUACAUAAUUUGCUUAGUCUUCACUCUUUGUUGAGCAAUAACUCCUCGAGAUGUUAGUGUCGCUGAUUUCUUAUGCUUUUUUUCUUCUUUUUUUUCCUCAAGGCUUUGUGGCAAGGUUACCGAGUUCGACGUGGAGUGUCAUCCGUUAAGGUUAAAAAAGCGCGCAAGCGGAUCAAGUCCGCAAAUGCUGCAGCAACUGAAUCAAUGAAGCUUUGUAACCGCACCAGGUCCGCCCUUGACUUCCUAUUGCAGUGUAAGAAUAUCAGCAAGAUAGUGGGAGCGCUUGUUAACCUGGGUGAGUUCCUUGAGAAAAAAAUAAUUACUAUUUUAAAGCCCAAUCACAGCAAGACAAAAACAUGACAAGAGGCUAAGUGAUAUCAAAACAAGAUAUCAGAAAAAGGUGUGAACUUCAAGCGUGUAAGCUUGAAAAAAGAUUCAAUCGAUUUUAGUUUUGCAUCUGAUUGAGAAUAACGCGACUUUUCACGACCAACUGUUCGACGAAUAAGCGCUGACCCGAAGAACGAGAGCUGCAUGUAGCAUCCACUCUGAACGGAAGGCUGAAACUUUAUGAGAAUUGUGCCAUUAACCGUUGUUAUUGUUUGUAUCUCAGAGGUUGUAACUCGUCUGUCGGAGGUUUGCUGUCAGCAGGUCGUGAGAGAUGGUGCACUGCCUGUUAUAUUCAAAGUAAUCAAGAAGUGCAACCGCAGUUUACCGCACUUAGAAGUCAUUAAAUAUUCCAUAUCAAUACUCUUCAAUGUCGCACAGGUAAGAAAAACGUCCCCCUUAUCGUAGUUACCUACAUAACUUUGCGUCAGAUUCAUCCCUUCGGAGCAUACGAGAACAUGACAGAUAUAGUUGAAAUUCACGAAUAUAAUUAUUAGCUAUCUUCUGUUCCACAGUACCCGUCAGUUUAUACUACUGUUUAUGAGCAACCAGAUUCUAUCGAAACCUUGGUUGAACUGUUGGCAAACUUCCGAGAUAAAAGUUUCCUCUUCGCCAAAACUUGCUGCCUUCUUUUCGUUUUAUGCCGGGAUUCCUCGAUCGCUCAAGACAUUCUCAACAUGACAAAGAUUGUAGAAGAUAUCAAGAGUGUCCACAAGAUAGCGGAACGAAACCAUCGACUGGAAGCUAAGCGAAACAAGGUCAACGAGAGGAGCACCUGCCAGUUAGCCCCACCCACGCCUUAUAAGGGAAAGAAAUUCAACUCAGUGAAAUGGCAGCAACGGCUGAAUAUGGUCCAAGAUCCUUUGGAGGCAGUAAGACUACUCGUGAAGAAACUGGGCCUGGCUCCGUUGGAUGAAUGAAGAAUUAUUUUGUCUUUUACCCCCCUGAUUUUUAAUUCGUUAUUUUAUAUACCCUUUCCAUUGUAUUUUAUCUGUAUACACAGCGACAGUUCAGUUUUAUCGCAAUUCAAACUGCGAGCAUUUACGUCAUAUUCGCACAUCAUGUGCGGUGAUGUUUGAGAUGGGCCUUCGACGGCGGGAACGUUCGCAACAUUUUUACAAGCUUUAGUUUUCAAUUCCUGUCUUAUAUUCGCUGUUUUAAACAAUCUCUCCAACUUGGGUACAUUUUUGAACUGCUGCACGUCUUCGCCAAAGCCGCAACAGACACUUUCAUUACAAAAUAUUGUAGCUAGCAAAAUAUUUAUAGCUAUGUAAUAAUGAUAACAUUUAAGUUGUUAGUACACAGAAAACGGGACGGAGAAUCAUGAUGGGACACUUCACGCU